AUGGCGGGAGGCUGGAGCGGGACCGAGGAGUACACGACGGACGAGGCUCUGUCGCGGCUCGGCUUCGGCCGGUUUCAGGUGCUCCUGCUCGGGUUCCUGGGCACCGGCUUUGUCGCUGAGGCUAUGGAGGUCAUGCUGCUGUCCUUCGUGGGGCCAUCAGUGAAGGAGGAGUGGGGGAUCUCCGGCGGGGCAGAGGGCCUCAUCACCAGCGUUUUCUACGCCGGGAUGCUUCUCGGGGCGUGCGUCGGCGGCCUCGCUUCAGACAGAUACGGUAGACGGGCCGGUUUUUUGUUCACUGCAAUUGUCAGUGGUGUACCUGGCCUCCUCUGCGCCUUCUCACCAAACUAUGCAACCUUACUGGUUUUGCGAUUUGUUGUUGGCUUUGGCCUAGGUGGCAACCAUGUGCUCCCUACUUGGUUCCUGGAGUUUGUUCCGGCUGAACACAGAGGUUCCUGGGUCGCUGCUUUUACUUGUUUUUGGACCCUUGGAACAAUAUUGGAGGCUCUGCUUGCUUGGGCUAUCAUGCCAAUACUUGGAUGGAGGUGGUUGCUUGCGUUGUCCUCCUCGCCAUGUUUCAUCGUUCUUAUCUUCUCUAAUGUAAUACCUGAAUCACCAAGGUACCUUUGCUCAAGAGGUAAAAUAAGUGAAGCUAUGCUUGUCUUGGAGAGAAUAGCAAGAAUGAAUAACAAGGCUCUGCCUCCUGGCACUGUAACCUCUGAACCAACAAGAGGAGUCGACAACAACCAUGAUUCUUCUGUUACAAGGCUUUUACCUAUGCCAGAAGAUAGUUUCAUAAGUGGUGAGGACACAAGCUCCAAGUCCAAUCUCCUCAGUGUAUUUCGAGCUCUUUGGUCAGGUGACCUGAUAAGAUCAACACUUCUUCUCUGGCUAGUCCAGUUUACAAAUCAUCUUGUCUAUUAUGGACUAGUAUAUCUGAUCUCUGAACUAAGCAGUCGUAGGAGUCAACAAAAGGAUUCUGACGUUUACAUAAAUGUGUUGGUGACCAGUUCCGCAGAGAUUCCCGGUCUUCUUUCAGUGGCCCUACUGAUUGACUGGAUAGGUCGGAGAAUGACAUUGGGAGGCAUGAGUUUGUUGUGCUGCGCUUUUAUUGCACCUCUUGCCACACAAUUGGGAGAAGUUUUAGCAAUCACCCUUCUCUUCUGUGCCCGGGCUUGUGUCAUGGGGACCUUUGCCGUUCUACAUGUUUUUUCCACUGAGAUCUACCCUACAUCUUGUCGGAACACUGGAGUUGGGUUCUCAUAUUUCUUUGGCCGAAUUGGAAGUAUCGUUGCUCCUGUCAUGAUAACUGCAUUGCUAGAGAACCACCGUCAGAAACAAGCAGUGCUUUUGAUGGACCUAUUGCUCUUUCUUGCAGGACUGGCAUGUACCCUCUUUCCUUAUGAGACCAAGGGUCGUGAAAUUCAUUGA